AUGCCCAAGUCCAGACGCUCCAAGGUCGUCCACAUGACGCAGGUGGACAAGAAGACCCGCGAGGACAAGGAAAAGCUCUUCCAGAACAUUCGCGAUGCCAUACCCGAGUACCAGCACUGCUUCGUCUUCAGCGUCGACAACAUGCGCAACUCCCACCUCAAGGACGUGAGACGUGAGCUCUCCGACUGCCGCCUCUUCUUUGGCAAGACCAAGCUCAUGGCCAAGGCCCUUGGCCAGACUCCCGCCGAGGCUAUCGCCCCCGGCAUCGAGGUCCUCGCCCGCCACAUCACUGGCACCGUCGGCCUGAUCCUGACCAAUCGCCCCGUCGAGGCCAUCAUCGACUACUUUAACAACUUCUCUCCCGUCGACUUCGCCCGCGCUGGCGUUGCCGCCUCCCGCGACUUCUCCAUCCCUACCGGCAUCGUCUACGCCACCGCCGGCGAGGUCCCCGCCGAGCACGACGUGCCCCUCGAGCACUCCAUCGAGCCCGAGCUGCGUCGCCUCGGCGUGCCCACCCGUAUGGUCAAGGGCCGCGUCGUCCUCGGCGAUGAGAGCGGCCAGGGCGAGGAGUACGUUGUUUGCAAGGAGGGCGAUGUGCUGGACUCGCGACAGACGAGGCUGCUCAAGCUGUUUGGCCUGUGCAUAAGCGAGUUCAAGGUCCAGAUUGUAGCAUACUGGAACUCGGCUACUUCGGAGGUGACUGAGAUUAACCCCGACGCCAUGGCCGGCGUUGACGAGAAUUGA